AUGGCUUUACUACCCGACAACUAUUACUCUACGACCGUUUUCUCAAUUUUCUGCUUUGGUUUCCUUCUGGUUCUAUGGCGUACGUGGAGAUUUGUCAUUCUUCCAACCUUGCAUCCAGAUGACCCCAAAGAACUGCCUUACUGGAUCCCAGACAUGGAGAGUGAGCAUAUCAGCUUAAAGUUUAUGCUUAUUCAAGUACUGAUGGCGCAUUCGGUUAGAAAGCACUUCCGAGGAUCUAAGGAAACCUAUGCCCUGGAGGUAAUGGGCCAAACAAUAUACGUGGUGACUUCCGGGCGCGACACCGCAGAGAUCUACAAAAAUUCGACUACAAUGUCGUUCGAAAUCUUCGUUCGUAAGUUCAUCCGAAGCUGCGGUGCAAGCGAUGAACUCUUGGAUCGGCUAUAUGGAAUCCCACCUGUCGUUGAAAAGCUUGAGGGACUACCGGAUGCCACAUCUGAAGUUGAGAAUAAAUCCUUGGGUGAUAAAACACACGACUUCCAUGGGAUGCAGCUCUUUCCAGGUGGCCACCUUGUGGAGUUCACGGCGAUAUUUAAAGAUUUCUUUGAAGAGCAUUUGCACAUAGAUCGACUGUACCAAGGAAAGCCAUAUGUGACAGCUAGUGGAAACGGCUGGGUAUCCGUAAAGCUCAUGAAGUUCGUGUCGGACUAUUUCGUGGAUGCUGGCCAAAGAACCUACUUCGGCAAUCUUUUGGGAGAAAUCGAGCCUGAUCUGAUCUGGACAUUUCUCGAGCUGGAAGACCGAAGUUGGCAGAUUCUAUAUGAGAUUCCAGCCCCCUUUGCGCGAAAGGCCCAUGAAGCAAGAGAUGGUAUCAUAGAUGCCAUACAAAAAUGGUUCGAAUCACCCCGCGAAAAAAGGGUGGAUGGAUCCUGGUGGAUGAACACCAUGGAAACGGAGAUGAGAUCGCUAGGAUUCAAUUCCCGCGAAAUGGCGACAAUAGUGGUUCCUAUCUAUAUUGGAAGCAAUACAAGUACAAGGAAAGCAUGCUUCUGGCUACUCGCCUUUUUACUGUUCAACCCAGAGCUUAUCCCCAUUAUCCGUGAAGAAACCAAACCGGCUCUGGGAAAUGGCGCGGUUGAUUUGGAUUACCUGAAAAAUGGCUGUCCUCAGCUGAACGCCGUCUGGAUGGAGACUCUACGAAUGGCAACAUCAGCUGCCUCCUUUCGCUUCCUCACCGAAGACACUCUGGUCGGCGGAAAAAUGUUAAGGAAAGGAAAUCGAGUUCUUGUCCCGAGUCGGCAGCUCCAUUAUGACACCGAUGCGUUCGGUAACGAUGUUCGGACUUUCAAUCCAGAUCGUUUUAUGACCGGUAAUAAACUGCGGAUGGGUAGAAACUGGAAGCCCUUUGGCGGUGGGAAAAACCAAUGUCCUGGUCGAUUCGUUGCGCAGCAGCAGACCUUGUUAUUUGUCACUCUCCUCUUGAGCCAGUUUGAUAUAGAGGCUUCACCUGGUCAGAAGUUUCCAAGGUGGGCGGAGGGCGAUCCAUUCCCAGGCAUGAUGCCUGCUAAGAAUGGGGAUGACCUGGAGGUUCGGUUGACAGAGAGAAAACGAUAG